CCGAUCCAUUUGUUACUUACCGUAACCUGCAAAUAUCCCUCGAGUCUCUCUCUCGCCAACCUCCGCUCCCUUUCGAUUUCUCUGUUUCUUCUCCAUUUUCUCGAGCCCGUUCGAAAAGGGGUUUUUCUGCAGAGAGAAAUUUCGCUUCUCCUUGGCUUUGGUAAAGAGAGAGCUAGCAGAAGAGACAGAAAGGAACAGGAAAAAUGUCUGGCACGAUGAAUUGCAUCGACAUUAUCCUAGCCAUCAUCUUGCCUCCUCUCGGGGUCUUCCUCAAGUUUGGUUGCCAGGUGGAGUUCUGGAUCUGUUUGGUGCUCACGCUCUUUGGCUGGAUUCCUGGUAUCAUUUAUGCCAUCUAUGCUAUUACCAAGUAACUGAACUUAAUUGAGUGGCAACACAUGAUGGGCCGAUGCGUCUCCAUCCAACGGUCGCGAUUUCGUGGGAUAUUAUCUUCUUCUAUUUUUUAUUUUUUUUGGGGUCAUAGGGAUAUCAUCUUCGUCGGAUGUGUCCUUUCUUCUCUUCGUUUUUUUUCCUGUAAUUGUCAUCAGUUGUCCGUAGCGUGAUGAUGAUUUGUUGUAUUGAUGGAUUCAUUUCUUAUAUAUGAAAUGGCGCCCCGGCUCUGUCGGCAGGUUUUCAGAUA